UUUUUCUUUUUCUUGGAUUGGUCUUCCUUUUUCUUCUGACUGACUGAGAUAGAGAGAGAGAGCUAUACUCCUUCCUUCCUCCUCAACCUAACCCUUACAUCUCUCUCACCUAACCAAAGAAACCCUAACCUCCCUACCCCAAACCUUCGUUGGUUGGUUGAAGAAAGAGAGAACGUUUCUGCAGCUACACUACAUAAGUUUAGAACCCUUCUACUGUGUUUGUGUUUGGAUACAAUUUAGUAUAAUUUUUUAAAAUUAAAGCUUUACAACUACCCAACUCCCAUCAACCAAUUCUUCAACUUAAAACACCUAAUUUUUAUGUGUGAUUUUUAUUCACAAAACACAGUUGCAUAUUUGAGUUAUCAACGUAGUAUAAUUUUUUUUCUGGUUUUUUUUUUUAUACAGUUUAAUGCAUUUCUUGUUUUGUACUCAUGGCUGAAAAGAGUACAAACAACAAUAAUGGUCUUCCAAAGAAAAAAAGAAGUAAGACAGCAUCCAUUGCUAAAGCUGAAGACAGAUUAUCUAAGCUACCUGAUAUAACUCUUGGACAUAUUCUGUCAUUUCUCCCAACUACAAACGAUGUGGUUCGGACUUGCAUCCUUUCUAAGCGUUGGAAAUUGAUAUGGUAUUCUGUUCCUAAACUCUGUUUCUGUGAUACUAGUACUACUGUUCCCGAAUUUCAAAAGUUGGAAAAUUAUGUUGACAAUUGUUUGGAACACCGCAAGAAAGGUAUGUAUUUUAUUGCUGAUUCAGCUCUAAUUAGUUUCAAGCUUCAUAUACAAUCCUGUCUAAGAAGCAAGAGUCUCAGCCUAGAUAAAUGAUUAAGCUUUGCAGUUGACAAUAAAGUCAAGGAAUAUUUGAGUGUUGACUUAGAACCAGGAAAAUGUGAGAAUGAUGGUUAUUACUACUACUACUGCUUACCUAAAACAGUGUUGAACUUAAGAGCUUUGACCAUUUUGGAGUUGAGGGGAAUUGAGUUGGGUUACUCAUUUGGUUUUCCAUCCUUGAAUUCAUUAUCAUUGGAAAAUGUUCGGCUUUCAAAUAAUGUAACUACUGAUGUGCUAACCAAGUCUUUCACGGAUUGCCCUUCCCUUGAGAAACUGUCAUUAAGUUCGUAUUAUAUUCAUAAACCGCUCCGAGUACAAAGUUCAAGCCUCAAGUUCGUGACACUUGAAUUACAAAAUGUAUCUCUUCAAGUUGAAGCCAUAAAUCUUGAAUCUUUGGUUCUUUGUAGGGCUUUCUUCGGGAAAAUAAUCUGUCUGCAUGUAAGGCAAUUAAAAAUCUCUCACUAUCAAGUUGUACAUGGGGUAUGACAGAUCAGUCAUCAUUUGAAGAGCUCAUUACAAGCCUCCCACUCCUUGAGGAUUUGACAAUUGAUAAUUCUUAUCAUAAGUCGGGGUUGGAGCAUCUUACAAUCUCAAAUCAACACUUGAAAAGCCUCAAAUUGAGAAAUAUGAACGAGGAGAGUGAUAUGAUCAAGGUUGUCACAAUUAAAUCGGUGCCAAACUUAGUUUCGUUUUGUUAUAAAGGUAAUAUUAAUUGCAACAUAUCAAUAGAGUCAACCAAUUUGUUGAAUGGAGAAUUCGUAAUUUCUGAUCAUCAUCACAAAUAUGACACAAAUUGGUUUAUGAGUAUGCUGAGUUUUUUUAUGAAUCUCAAUUGCUCUUGGAAUAUUGUAACACUGCGACUUUCUGAUAAGGCGCUUGUCAUGCCAGACAAUUGUAAAAGGUUAUGUCGUUCUCCUUUAGCUAAAUGGAAGCAUGUCCGAGUUAUUACUCGUUCUUAUAUAGGGAUAGCGUCGCGCUUGGUGAUGGGGUGUUUGGCAAGAAAGUUAAGCUUAAAAGAUGUGGUUAUGUGGAUUUCACCAUCUAUGGAAACAUUAUCUUUUAAUGGAAAGGACAUGCUAACUAUCCUUAAUUUUAAUAUUUGAUCCAUAUUAUAUCAUAGCUGAUGUUGAAAUAUUAGUUCUUUUGAGCUUGUUUAUAUUAGUAUCUUAUUACUGAUGAAAUUGACUACUUUCAUUUUGCCUAGUAUCAGCUUCUUAUGUAUUUUGGUGGCUCUCUUUGUUUUCAAUGAAGAUCCAAGUUAAUUAA